CAGUGAGAUGGGUUUCGUGAGCAGUUCGUGUCUGGUCCUGAGUUGUUCUAUAACUAUUUCAACUCGAUGACCUUUAAGUGAAAGUAAAGCGUCUCUGUCCAGUUUGUAUCAUCAGUAAAAACACAACAAACUUACACGACUGCUUUUGGGCCGGCACGGUGCAGCUACGCAUGCGCGUCACUCAGGUUUAAUACGGGAUUCUCUUACAGGUGUUUGUGUGUUGAUGCUGCAGAAGAACAUCAGCUGUCUGAACAACAAACAUGUCUUCAACACAAGAAGUGACCAGCGUUUCCUCUGCUGUUGAAAUUCCGAACUGUGACACAGAAUUCAGUGCAGCGGGUCACUUAAAGGCUGAUCAGAGGGUUCACACUGGAAAAAGGCCGCACACAUGUGGGCUUUGUGGAAAGACAUUUGCAUCAGCGAGCAACAGCCGACGACACCAGCUCACCCACACCGGAGACAAACUGUACAUCUGUGAGCAAUGCGGGAAGUCGUUCACCCAGUCGUCGAAUCUCAGUCGUCACCAGCUCAUUCACGCCGGAGAGAGGCCACACCGCUGUGGUGACUGUGGGAAACGCUUCAUCCAGCGCGUGGACCUCACUGCCCACCAGCGUAUCCACACUGGUGAGAAGCCAUACAGCUGUGAGGACUGUGGGAAGAGUUUCACCAACCUGAGUAACUACAAAGUCCACAGAAACAUCCACACCAAAGACGCCACCUUCUCCUGUAAGCACUGUGGGAAGGUGUUAACAACCUACAGCGGACUUCAGUCACACGAACGUGUCCACACCGGAGACAGACGCUACAAGUGUAAACACUGUGACAAGGCUUUUAUCACAUCGUCGGACUGCUCGACUCAUGAGCGCGUUCACACCGGAGAGAAACCCUACUGGUGUGACCGCUGUAAGACCAACUUCACCUGGUUAAGCCAAGUGAGGAGGCACCGGUGUGAGAUGGACCAGAGCAACGUGCAAUCAGUACAAUGUCAGCAGUGAACAUUUAUGUCAGCACACUAUUUUAUAUAUAUAUUUUGCUCACUAAAUAUUUAUAAUUUUCUAUUUGUUAAAUUUCAGAUCCUUUUAUUUCAUCUUUUUAAAUUUUUAGCCAUAACCACCAUAUGGUUAAAGAGCUCAUUUGGUGAUAUACAUAUGAGAAAUAGUAAUGUACAAUGACAUAUACACAGCCUGGUCUAAAAAGUCCUGAUCUCUAGAUAGAUAGAUAGAUAGAUAGAUGUACUUUAUCCUAAACUGGGAAAUUACAGUAUAGCAGCAGCAUGACACAUUCAAUAACAAUAAAAUAUCACAGCAGACGUUGGUAAAGUGAAAUAUAACACAAGAGCAAACACUAUACACUGUGCACUAUAAAUUAGAAGUAUAAAAGAUCUGGGUAGAAUCUGAAUAAUAACUGUAAGGUAAGGUGUUAAACAAGUUGAAAUAUUCCAACCGGGAAUGUGCAAAAAGACAUUUAAGUGCAAAAGGAUUUAUGAGCAGAGAAAGGACAGAUUUCCUGAACCUGUACGUUUGACAGGUUUUUGCCUAGCUUUGAUUACAGUAUGCCUUUAUCGUAGUAUUUUUUUGAUAACCUUAUCCAUUGUCAUAACAUUUAUUUCUAUCAUUUUUUUGGACAUAACAUUACUGAACCUAGACCUGACCAACUGAACCAACCCCAGAUCAUAACACUGCCCCGACAGACUUACACUGUAGGCACUAGGCAUGAUGGGUAAUCCCUUUAUCCCCCUCUCCCAUCACUCUGGAGCAGGAUCAGUCUGGACUCAUCGGACCACAUGACCCUUUUCCAUUGAAACCCAGUCCAGUCUUUAUGCUCUAUCAAACUGGUGAUAUUUAAAAAAUGAGAAG